AUGAUCCACAUCGAGGCGUCCUCCGUCGAGGCGGCGGUCUCAUCCACGCUGCCCGUUGCCGCGGUGUGGCUAGCGACAGCCCUGGCGCCCGCGAUCGUGCUGAUCGUGUGCCUCGGCCUCGCUCCCGCAUUCGGGCCACCGCGGCGCUCCCGAAGCAGUGUUGCGUCGGCAAAGCAGCCUGAUUCUGAGGUGCUCAAGGUGGUCGAAAGCGCCACCGCCGCCGCCGCCGUCGCCACCGCCGCGCCCUUUCAGCGGGCGAGCGAGGUCGCCGAGACAGCGUCCGCCGUGCAGCGCCUCCUCGAGGACGACCGCUACCUCGUCGCAGAGCCGCUGCUCCAGCGCCUUCAGGCCACGGCCGUGAGCGGCGGCGCUCCCGCCCGCGCGUCCGCCCGCGCGCUCAGCCAGCUGCCGGCGAGCCUCCCGGCCGCGACGGUGCUCCAGCGCUGCGUCGAGGCGCGCGCGGCGCUCGCCUCCAUCUGUGGCGCCGCCGGCUGGCGGCUUGUCGCGUCGACCGAGCGCGAGUCUCCGGCAGUGCCGCGGAGCAGCACCUUCCUCAAGCGCGAGGCGGGGCUGAUGUGGUCGAAGACGGUGGCGCAGCUGGCGGUGCCGGCGGUUGACGCGUGCGCGGUCGUGCGCGAGUCGCAACUCUUCAAGACGUGGUACCCGUGCUGUGUCGAGAGCGAGCGGCUCGCGGAGGUGGGACGCGCCGAGGGCCUCUUCCGGGUGGAGCAGCGGUACGAGUUCCCGCUGGUCCCCGUCGCGCUGCGCGAGGACAUCGUGCUGCAUGGCUUCCUGGAGCACGGAGGCCUCCUCGUCUGCGGCCGCUCGCCGAAGCAGUCCGAGUGGGCGGACUUCUUUGUCGAGCCGUGCGGCGGCGCGGGCUGCAAGAUGACGCUGCAGCUCGGCGUGGACGACCCGGGCGACGCGUGCCCAAACUGGCUCGUCGACGCGCUGAUGAAGCGAGCGCUGGGCGACAAGGCGGCGGCCGUGGCGUCCAGCCCCGCGACGAGCCCCCACGCGGCGUGCAUGGCGGCGAACCCGCAAAUCUACAACGAGUGGCUGCCAACCAAGAUCGCCGCCUGCGAGGCGAGCCGCCGUGCCAGCGCGCGGCUCGUCGCUGCCGCGCCGGCCGCGCCGGAGCGCCGAUGGACCUCCUCCCUCCUCCGGUGCUUCGCCAGCCCGGCCGCCGGCAAGGCGUAGCAUGAUGCGCGCGGCGGGGUCGGAGGGGUCUCUCUGGUUGCUGGGGUCGGACUCAAUAUGUAGCGUGGGGACCGGGUGGGCACAUGCGAGAUGUGAGCGUGGUUGGGCGGUCGGCACGAGGGCCCUUGGCUCGAGGAACGAGGACGAGGUGUGUCGGUGAAACUGUGAGAAUACCGUACUAAGCUCGACUAACGUACCAUAUACACACAAAA